CACACGCCAUCUCGCCAAAAAAAAAAAAAAUCACCCCAAUCCACGCCUGCAAAUUCUUCUGGAAGGAUUUCUCCCCCUCGCUUCAGGUUGGGCGCUUUUGGUGCAAGAUUCUAGGGAUCCUCGGAGGGGCCGCUCCCUCCCCUCCCCCCCUUUCCUUUUUUUUUUUUUUUUCCUUCCCUUCCCUUUCUUUCUUCCUUGCUUCCCUCCCCCAGCCCCCACCCCAAACAAACAAGUCCCCAAUUCGCGGCGGUCCUCGCCGCGGGCAGCGGAGGCAGCGCGCCGCGGUCGGGGAAGCCGGGCAGCUGGGGGCCGGGGAGCCCGGGGCCAGCUCCACGGCGCAGCAUGUUCCAGCCGGCGCCCAAGCGCUGCUUCACCAUCGAGUCGCUGGUGGCCAAGGACAGUCCCCUGCCCGCCUCGCGCUCCGAGGACCCCAUCCGACCCGCGGCUCUCAGCUACGCCAACUCCAGCCCCAUCAACCCGUUCCUCAACGGCUUCCACUCGGCCGCCGCGGCCGCCGCCGCGGGCAGGGGCGUCUACACCAACCCGGACCUGGUGUUCGCCGAGGCCGUGUCGCACCCGCCCAACCCCGCAGUGCCGGUACACCCGGUGCCGCCGCCGCACGCCCUGGCCGCCCACCCGCUACCCUCUUCGCACUCGCCACACCCCCUGUUCGCCUCGCAGCAGCGGGACCCGUCUACCUUCUACCCCUGGCUCAUCCACCGCUACCGGUACCUGGGCCAUCGCUUCCAGGGGAAUGACACAAGCCCCGAGAGCUUCCUUUUGCACAAUGCGCUGGCCCGAAAGCCGAAGCGGAUCCGAACUGCCUUCUCCCCCUCCCAGCUUCUGAGGCUGGAACACGCCUUCGAGAAGAACCACUACGUGGUGGGCGCCGAGAGGAAGCAGCUGGCCCACAGCCUCAGCCUCACGGAAACUCAGGUAAAAGUAUGGUUUCAGAACCGAAGGACGAAAUUCAAAAGACAGAAGCUGGAGGAAGAAGGCUCAGAUUCGCAACAAAAGAAAAAAGGGACACACCAUAUUAACCGGUGGAGAAUCGCCACCAAGCAGGCGAGCCCCGAGGAGAUAGACGUGACUUCUGACGAUUAAAAAGGAUAAACCCAACCCCACAGAAAUGGACACUAUGGAGCAAGCAUGGAGAGUGAGCAAAGGGAGGAGAGGAAGAAAACAAAAAAACUUACAAAACAAAAAACAAACCACACACAUAUAUUCGAGAAGGGAACCAGCAGCUGCGCUACACAGAGUUUGAGGGUUCUGCUCCGAGGCUGCUGCGUGGAGUUGGUAGGGGAUAUGGCAGCUCCCUGCUCAACACACAACCCUUGUCUCAAGAGGCAGCGAGAGAGUGAGUGAGUGAGGCCCAGAGAGGGACAGAGAGAAUGAGAAAGGCAGAGAGAUUCCUAGUGUGGCCCAGUGGAAGGCACUCUGACAAGGGAAACUGUCAAAGGCCCAGCGAGGAGUCGAGACAGGAUGAUUGGCAGGUAUUACGUUUAUCACAGUCCAUUUUUUUUUUGUAAUGAUGAUGAGAAUGAUAACAACAAAGUGAAAAAAAAAAAGGAAAAAAAGAACAGGACUUUUCAUUUGCACUUCGAAGUGUCCCCCUCCCCCAGUCCUUAAAAUUAAUCAGGAGUAACUACGAUGGGAAUCCCACCUCCAGCCCCUUCCCACACCUGUUCAAAAACUUGAAUUGCAUGUAGCAGUUUGUUGGAUGAAUGGUGUCUACAAACAGGCAAUACAUUGUGAGUUUCUUUUCCUUUCCAAAACAGGUUCUGUGUGCCUUUUUUAUUUUGACUUUUCUCGAGAAAUGUGCAGUCCAGUAAACACAUUUUUUAUGCCUUCUGACGUCAAAGUGAUUGUGAAAGCAAAAUGAAGUAGGCUCAGCGGUAGUGGUUCCUCUUACAGAGAAAUGGGGAGCAGGAUAGGAGGGCUGGGGGAGGCCGGGGAGGGUGCUCACCGGCAGAGUCAGGACUUGUGCUGGGAGAGAAAAACAUCUACCCUAAAUUCAUUCGAUUUAUAGGACAUUCCCUUUCCAACAUCCUGAGACUUAAAAAAUCUUGAUGCAAACUUCUCCUUUCGGUGGUUGGAGAGAUUGGCUGAGUUCAUCCAUUCCAAACUUUCAGUCUGUCCUGUGCAAAAACUGAAGGACUGUAGUUAGCAAGGGGAGGGUGGUAAGUGUGGCAGAGGACAUGGCGGCAAGUUUCCAAGCACUGAAUUUCUACUCUGAGAUCAUAGACUUACUAAAGAGAGUGACAAAUGCUUCCUAAUGUCUUCUAUACCAGAAUGUAAAUAUUUUUGUGUUUUGUGUUAAUUUGUUAGAAUUCUAACACGCUAUAUACUUCCAAGAAGUAUGUCAAUGUCAAUAUUUUGUCAAUAAAGAUUUAUCAAUAUGCCCUCAGAGUAGUCCUCUUGGGAAAUUGAAGUGA